UCCUGAUUUGCCAAAAUGAAUGAUCUGAAAGAAGGAGAAGAUGACUCAAAUCAUCUGGCCUCACUUUCAUGGGAAGAACUUGCAGAUUACCGAGAAGAAUAUAAAAAUUAUCUCAAAGAAAAAUACCUGAAACUAGGAGAUGAUCAAGGUUAUCAGCAUGGCAAGCAUAUAGAUUCACGACAACUUAUUGUAAAAGACUAUAUUGUAGCAGAAAUAAAAGAGUGUGGAAUUCCUCAAGAAGAUCAGUUUAUUGAGCUGAAGCAUGUCUUUGAUCCUGAUGAAGAGGGCUCCAGCUCGUCCCCAAUAGUAUUGCUUCAGGGAUAUGCUGGGAGCGGGAAAACAGCCAUGGUGCACAAGUUCCUGUUUGACUGGGCAGAAGGAAGGGUUACUCCAGGCAGGUUUGAUUUUAUCAUUUACAUAAACUGCAGAGAACUAAACCCUAGUGUUCACCUCAGUGCUUCUGACCUGAUCACUAACACUUUUGAAGAGCUGGAUGGACCUAUCUUGGACAUUGUUCUGAUGUACCCAGAGAAGCUUCUAUUCAUUUUUGAUGAAUUUCCUCAGCUGCAGCACCCUGUAGGUGAACAGGAAGAGAAUGUCUAUGCCGAUCCCCAGAAGAAAGAGCCAGUUGACACCCUCUUAUGUAAUUUUCUGAGGAAACAAGUAUUUCCUGAAUCUGCUCUCAUGAUAACUGCUCGGUUUUCAGUCAUGAAGCAGUUCCACUCUCUGUUAAAUGAACCUCUCCUGGCAGAAGUCCUUUGGUUUACAGAGGAUGAAAAGAAAUCAUAUUUUUUAAAUCAGUUUUCAGAUGCUAAUACAGCAAUGAGUAUCUUUCGUAAUCUGCAGGAAAGUGAAAGCCUUGACAUUUUGUCUUCUCUUCCUAUCGUGUCCUGGAUGGUGUGCAAUGUUCUGCCAGGAGAGGAUGACAAGAUGUUUAUGAGAUCACUUCAGACUGUGACAGAUAUGUAUGUGUUUUACUUUUCCAAGUGCCUCCAAACCCUUCCAGACAUCUUGAUAUGCAAGGGACAAAGUUGUCUGUGGGGUCUUUGCUCUCUGGCUGCGGAGGGACUGCAGAAGCACCAGAUUCUAUUUGACAUUAGUGACCUCAGAAGACACGGGAUUGAAGAUUUUGACACCAGUGGCACAUUUCUCAGUCACUUUUUGGAGAAAACCGAAGGUGACGCCAAUAUCUACACUUUCCUUCACUUCAGUUUUCAGGAGUUUUUAGCUGCUGUGUUCUAUGCACUGCAGAAUGACAGCGAUUGUAUGAUUUUAAAUCAAGUAGAAGAAAUGCAAGAUUUAUUCUGGUAUGGAAAAGGGUUUUCAUCAUUAACCAUAAAGUUCUUAUUUGGCCUCUUACAUAAAGAGAACGAAAAGGCUAUAGAACUCACUUUUGGGCAAAAAAUCUUUGAAGGACUUCUAGAGGAGUUACUGCAGUGGACUGAGAGAGAAAUAAAGACGACAUCUUUUGGGUAUCAGGUUGAGCCCAUGGACUUGUUUCACUGUUUAUAUGAGCUGCAGGAAGAUGACUGUGUGAAAAGGCUAAUCUGUGAUUUAAAGUCCAUCGUCCUGUACCAACCUACUUAUACAAAAAUGGACAUUCUGGCUCUGUCAUUCUGUGUCAGAAACAGCACCAAUGAACUGUCGGUGACUCUGAAAUGUCAGCACCUACUUGGAUUUAAGAAGGAAAAAGAUGAUUUAGCUCUAGCUCCCGUUACAUCAGACUUGACAGUUACUGAGUCACCACUACAUUUUCUUUGCCAAACAAUGCUAACUUCAUGCUGUAAAGUUCGAGAACUGAAACUGAUUUUCUGCCACUUCACAUAUUCAUAUGGUAAAGACCUUGCUUCAGUAUUGGAAACCAGCCAGUGUCUGGCAGAGUUGGAAUUUACAAAAUGUACCCUGGAAGAUUCAGCAAUGCAGUUUUUGUGUGGAGGAUAUAAACAGUCUAACUCUUCCUUGCAGAUAGUAAGGAUGUACCGAUGCUUUGUCUCUACUGCUUCUUGUGGAAUGCUAGCGGCUUUUGUCAGCAGAAGUGAGUGGCUCACAGAGUUGGAACUGAGUGAGACAAAACUGGAAGUUACAGCUUUGAAAUUGCUCUUUGAAGGCUUAAAAGCUCCCACUUGCAAAUUACAGAAGUUCAGCUUGAAUGGCAGCCUUCAUCCUGAGACCUCAGAGACUGUUUGCGAGUAUCUCUCAUCUGUUCUCAUUUGCAACACCUAUCUCAUUGAGCUGAACCUGAGUGAAAACCCCCUGGGGGACACAGCGGUGAAGUAUCUUUGUGAGGGUCUUAAACACCCCAACUGCAGUUUAGAGAUAUUAGACUUGAGCACAUGUCUUCUCACAGAUGCUAGCUGUCUGGAUAUUUCUUCUUUUCUGCAAGUAAAUAAGACUUUAAGAGAGCUGUUUCUGUUCUCCAAUACCCUGGGAGACACAGGAGUACAGUAUCUCUGUGAACCGCUGAAGCAUCCGGAUUGUAAACUUGAGAAUCUUGUAUUAUCUGAAUGCUCCCUCUCUGCGGCAUGCUGCGAGGCCCUCGCCCAAGUCCUGAGCUCCAGUAAGAAUCUCACCAGGCUGCUUCUUAUUAAUAACAAAAUUGAAGAUUCUGGAGUGAAAUUGUUGUGUGAAGGAUUAAAACAGCCUGACUGUCAGUUAAAGAACCUGGGAUUGUGGACCUGUAGCCUUAGAGGAGAGUGUUGUGAGGAUCUAUCCAAUGCAUUCUACACCAAUGAACACCUAAUAGAACUUGACCUCACUGACAAUGCCUUGGGGGACAAGGCCAUGCAGAUGCUUUGUGAAGGUCUGAAACACCCUUCCUGUAAACUGCAGACUUUGUGGUUAGCAAACUGUCAGCUAACAGAUAAUUGCUGUGAAGCCCUUGCUGCUGCCCUCCUUGAAAAUGAGAACCUGAUAUCACUGGACUUAUGUGGAAAUGACAUUAAGGAUUUUGGAGUACAGAUACUGUGUGAUGCGGUGAUUCAUCCCACCUGCAACCUAAAGACAUUAUCCGUUGACACAGAUCAUCUGAAUGAAGAAACAGUGCAAAAGAUGGAAGCUUUAAAAAUAAGCAAGCCUGGAUUCACCUGGUAGUUUCCAAAUCAAGCCUGUGUUCAACUGCAGAUUAAGUACCCCCCACCCCCACCCUGUAGCCCUAUCAUUAACACUUGCCCAAAAUUCUUGUUCCAACCCUGUUACCCUUUGCUUAGAACACUAAUAUGAAGCAAGGAAGUGAUUCUUUCUCUCUUUUUCUUUCUUUCUUUCUUUCUUUCUUUCUUUCUUUCUUUCUUUCUUCUCUCUCUCAGAAAGUCUUAUUGUUCUGGAUUCAGACUUAGAUAUAGAAACUCUCAAAGAAGACAGUCUCCAUCUCUUGGCUGUCUGGUCUUGGUGUCUCUUUUGACUUCUACUAGUUGCCAAAAGUUGAGCGUACUCUGUGGUCUCUUUGUUUUCGUGGUAUUCUGUUUCUUCAUAGAACAAUCCGCUUAGUAGGAUGUAAAUGGCCUUCAAUAAUAAGUACCUUGCAGUCGUAUAUUAGGUUGCAGUGCCUACCAUGUUUUCACGAAAGGCCUUGAAGGUGAAAGGUGAGAUUUAGAGAGGUUGGGAGUAGCUCCAGGUCACACAUUGGUGGGGGAGCUAGGAUUGGAAUGUAAUCAGGUGUCCAAUAACCUAGACCAGGCAGGGAGAUAAUUUUUAAAAGACCUAAUGAGGCCACUUGGAAGAAGCAAGGUUCUUAAAGUGAUUCAAGGACAAGACUGUAUACAAAUACUUUGAGCCCAUGAUGCUGAUUUUAAGCAAAGCUGUCAUUUGAGAAUGAAAGAAUUAGCUAUCUUAAUAGAUAAAGGCUUCAUGGAGGGGAAGCUUGCAUGCAAACCUUGAGAAUAAACAGAAUAGAGAUGGGGGACUCGCAGCCACUGCAGGGCAAUCGAGGUAUCACUAAAAACUGCUAGGGAGAGAGUAACGUGUGUUAGAGUUUUUGGAACUGCCACAGUAUUCAUGUAUUUGGCUCUUGAGUAUGCUCUUCAGCUCCCAGCCACAGUUCCCUUUCUAAGCUUUUACUAACUCCCAUAAUGUGUGUACUUGUUUAGGAGACAUCUAUGGUUGACUCACUUUUCAUCUUAGACGGCAUCUUGACCAAAUUAGACCCUAUAAAUCCUAGUGUUUUGACUCUGCCUACCUUUCCUAAAAUACCAGAUAACAAGUGGAUAAAGGAAGUAUGAGCAUGGAAAGUCGCAGAGUCUGAGAUAGGUAUGAAUGUGGUGCAGAAUCCCAGAAGGUGGGUGUGACCUGAUGAAAGUGUCGAGUUGUCUGGAAGCAACAUGACUAGCUGUGGGACCCUGAAUAAGUCACUGGCUUCUUGGAACCUCGGUUCUACUCAUCUCUAAAACAGGAAAAAAUGGCAUUAACUUUGCUGAACUGUUGCUCCUGACAUAGUACACGAAGUAAUGGUAGUUAUUUGUAAGUAUGUUGCUGCAAUAUAGUUCAGUUGUGUGUCUUUGCACACCCAGAUUUUCUUGCUGUGUGGUCAGUGUACCUUGUGUAUUUGCACUAAAUGUGUAUGGUGGAGGCAGUGCAUCUAGUGGGUGGAGAGGACACACUUAAUAGGAAACUUAGUGAGCUGGCCAGCUGCUCCAUACUCUGUCAGCGUGUCUUGUUCCUGUUGCCCUGGGAUUCGAUAAUUCUUAGUAAAGACACCGAGCCUGGCCUGAGAAUGAUCUGAACAGCAGUUUGUUUCCAAUUUUUGCAAGGUUUUCCUUCCCACUAGUUAUUUAAUAUUUAUUGAGUAUUUAUUAUGUGCCAGGUUUUGUGUUGUGUUUGCUUUGCAGUGAUGAAUUUGCCUUUUCCCAUGCAUUUUCCCUACCAUGUUCCCUGACUGUCCUUUGAUAAACAUCUAACAAAACCCAGUCAUAUUAAGAACCAGGAUGUAAUAGUAAAUGAAAAAUUGCAAAACUUUGUGUAUGUAUACUGUUUGUGUACAAAGGGAUAUACACACAUGUGUAUAUAUGGAGAGGCAUAUACUAGAAAUGCUAACAGUGAUUACAAGAGGCAAGAGGAAUUUGGCAAGUGUGAGUGGUAGAAGAAGAGGAAAUGAACUUUCACUUUCAUCUACAGCCCUAUGAUCUUGAUGCCUUUAUAUGUGCAUAUUUUACUUUUGUAAUUAAUAAAGCUUGUGUGAAAAAUAGAA